AUGGAUGCUGUCGGAGGAAUACAUCUGUGCACCUGGACGCCCACAAAGAGGAGCGUCCUGAUAACAUACCUGGGAGUAUUCUUGGUGCUUCAUCUCACGGAAGCCUCCUCGGCGUCCAAGUCCUGCGAGAAGGACUGUUUUUCGGGGAAGUGCGUCAACGGGAGCUGCCUGUGUGACCACGGAUGGGUCGGGGAUCAGUGCCAGCACUGCCAGGGGAGGUUCAAGUUAACAGACCUGUCAGGCAUUCUCACAGAUGGACCAGUAAACUACAAAUACAAGACCAAAUGCACUUGGCUAAUAGAAGGAUAUCCGAAUGCAGUACUCAGGCUGCGCUUCAAUCACUUCGCCACCGAGUGCAGCUGGGACCACAUGUACGUCUUCGAUGGAGACUCCAUUUACGCCCCUUUGAUUGCCGUCUUCAGUGGUCUAGUAGUUCCAGAGACGAGGGGUAAUGAGACGGUCCCGGAGGUAGUGACGACGUCCGGCUACGCUCUGCUUCACUUCUUCAGCGACGCUGCGUACAACCUGACCGGCUUCAGCAUCGCCUACUCGAUGAACUCCUGUCCCAACAACUGCUCGGGCCACGGCCGGUGCAGCACAGCCAACUCGGCCUCGGGUCGAGUGUACUGUGAGUGCGAGGAGUACUGGAAAGGAGACGCCUGCGACAUCCCGUACUGCCGGGACAACUGUGGCAGCCCGGGUCACGGCUACUGCGACCUGACGGGGGAGAAGCUCUGCGUCUGCAACGACAGCUGGCAAGGUCCAGACUGCUCCCUGUCCGUUCCCUCCACUGAGGCAUUCUGGGUACUGCCCAGCGUCAAACCGUCAGCUCAGUCUCUGGGCCGGGCGUCCCAUCAGGCUCUGGUGCAUUCUGGGCUGAUGUGGGUGGUGGGAGGACACUCGUUCAACUACUCCAACUACCACAUGGUCCUCAACUACAACCUGGAGAGCAGUACGUGGGAUGCGGUGCCGGUCAGCAGCGGUCCUCUCUACAGAUACGGUCACUCGUUGGCUCUGCACCAGGAUGACAUCUACAUGUUUGGAGGGAAGCUGGAGGCCAAGUCGGCCAACGUGACGGACGAGUUGUGGGUGUUCAACAUCCCCCGGCGCACCUGGUCACCGCGGAAACCAGCCCCGCCUCCUCCCUACGCCCUGGAGGGGCACAGCACCCACGUGGUGGAGCUGGCCGACGGCGAGCCGGUGAUGCUGAUCUUCUUCGGCUACUCUCCGGUGUACAGCUACAUCAACAAAGUUCAGGAGUACAACAUCAGGUCGAACUCGUGGCAGGUGGUGUCUGCUGAAGGUGCCGUGGUCCAGGGGGGUUACGGCCACAGCAGCGUGUACCACGAGGCCAGCGGCUGCGUGUUCCUCCACGGGGGAUACAAGGCACUCAGCAACAACAAGUACGGCCUGGUGGACCACAUGUACCGCUACCACGUCCACACCAAGACAUGGCUGAUCCUCGGGGAGAGUGGUGUAGCGCGGUACCUCCACUCUGCGGUGCUUCUGAGCGGCACCAUGCUGGUUUUCGGAGGAAACACUCACAAUGACACGUCGCUGAGCAACGGAGCAAAGUGCUUCUCUGCGGACUUCCUGGCGUACGAUAUCGCUUGUGAUGAGUGGACUGUCCUCCCCAGACCGGGGCUGCACCGGGACGCCAACCGAUUCGGACACUCCGCCGUGGUUAGCAACGGCUCCAUGUACAUCUUUGGAGGUUUUUCGGGCCUCCUUCUGAACGACGUGCUGGCCUACACCCCUCCGUCCUGCCUGGCCUUUUCUACCCCGGCUUUGUGUGCGGCUGCUGGGCCGGGCAUCCGCUGCCAAUGGCUCAAAAGUAGAUGUGUCCCCUGGGAGCCCAAACCACCCGAGCACAUUUUGCCUGCUCCUUUUUGCCCCCCACGACCUGACAGUACAGACGAACGCUGUUUCCGGUUCUCAGACUGUGCGAGCUGCACCGCCAACACGCGGGGCUGUCAGUGGUGUGAGGACAGGAAGUGUUUAUCUGCAUCCAGUAACUGCACUGUGCUGACUCUGGAGCUGGCACAGCAGCAUGGCGGCGCUCUGUCUCUGUCUCGUCCACCGACCAUGUUGUCUGAACAUCAGCUGAGCUUGUGGAAGCACGGAGCCAGAAGGAGGGGACAUUCGGUGAGAGCCUCGUCCGGCUGUAAGCGCCGGGAGGAGCAGGAGUGUUUCCGACUGGCCAACUGCAGGAGCUGCUCCCUCAACGUCAACUGUCAGUGGGAGCUGCAGCAGCAGGAGUGUCAAGCACUUCCUGGCCAGCUGUGUGGGGAGGGCUGGCACCAUGUCGGGGAGGCCUGCCUGAGGAUCAACUCCAGCAGUGACAGCUAUGAUAACGCCCAGCACUACUGCAAGAACCUGGGAGGGAAUAUUGCCUCUUUGCUCACAGACAAACAAGUGAAUUUUGUUCUGGAGGAGCUACAAAAAUACCAACUGCAAGACAAGACGUUAUCUCCCUGGGUUGGCUUGAGGAAGAUCAACGUGUCGUACUGGGGCUGGGAGGACGCGUCCCCCUUCACCAACACCAGCCUGCGUUGGUUACCCGGAGAGCCCAGCGACUCGGGCUUCUGUGCCUACCUGGAGCGGGCGCAGGUGGCUGGUCUUAAAGCCAACCCCUGCACGGCCACCACCGACGGCCUGAUCUGUGAAAAACCUGCGGGGAGUCCUCAGAGUCAAAGUGCUCGUCCCUGCAGGACGCCUUGCUCUCUACGCACCAGCUGCUCCAACUGCACCAGCCAGGCCAUGGAGUGCAUGUGGUGCGGCAGUACGCAGCGCUGCGUCGACUCCUCGGCCUACGUCAUCUCCUUCCCCUACGGACAGUGUCUGGAGUGGCAGACCCAGGACUGUGCAGCCCAGAACUGUUCGGGUCUGAGGACCUGCUCAGACUGUUUGGAGAGGACGGAGUGCGGUUGGUGUGGCGAUCCCAGUAACACCGGCAGAGGCGUUUGCAUGGAGGGCUCCUACCGAGGCCCCAUGAAGCCUGCCGUCGCCAGGGCUGGGCCCCGAGAUAAACUGCGAGACAGGGACAUGGUGCUGGAUCAGAGUCUCUGUUCCUCCGAUAGAGGCUACAACUGGGCCUUCAUCCAAUGUCCCGCGUGCCAGUGUAAUGGGCACAGCAGGUGUGUGAACGGCAGCGUGUGCGAGCACUGUGGGAACCUGACAGCAGGGAUGCACUGCCAGACCUGCAUGCCCGGUUACUAUGGCGACCCCACCAACGGAGGGAAGUGCAACGCUUGCAAGUGUAACAGCCAUGCCAACGUGUGCCACGUCAACACAGGGAAGUGCUUCUGUACCACUAAAGGGAUCAAGGGAGACCAGUGUCAACUAUGUGACUCAGAGAACCGUUACCUUGGUAACCCUCUCCGAGGAACAUGCUAUUACAACCUGUUGAUUGAUUACCAGUUUACCUUCAGUCUGCUUCAAGAAGAUGACCGCCACUACACCAGCAUCAACUUCAUGGCUACACCUGAGCAGGCCAACAAGAACCUCGACAUGUCCAUCAAUGCCUCGAACAACUUCAACCUCAACAUCACUUGGUCCUUAAGCUCAACAGCUGGCACCAUCUCAGGGGAGGAGAUGCCCAUCAUAGCGAGGACCAACAUCAAGGAGCACCGCGACAGUUUCUCGUGUGAAAAGUUCAACUUCAGACUUCACCACAACAUCACCUUCUACGUCUAUGUGUCCAACUUCAGCUGGCCAAUCAAGAUCCAGAUUGCUUUCUCUCAGCACAACAGCAUCAUGGACCUGGUGCAGUUCUUUGUCACCUUCUUCAGCUGUUUCCUGUCUCUGUUACUGGUCGCUGCUGUGGUUUGGAAAGUCAAACAGACCUGCUGGGCCUCACGACGUAGAGAGCAGCUGAUGAGAGAGCGUCAGCAGAUGGCCAGCCGUCCCUUUGCUUCGGUGAAUGUAGCGCUGGAGGUGGGCGGUGACCAGGAGGAGCUGCUACAGGCAGUGCCAAAGCCCGUAGCCAUGGAGCCAUGUUGGGGGAGCAGAGCGGGUGUUCUGACGGUGCUGCUGUAUCUUCCCAGAGUCCCAUCUGGAAUACCUCCACCAGGACAGUCUGGCAUUGCUAUAGCCAGCGCUCUGGUAGACACAUCACAACAGCGAGUAAUGGACUUCAAAGAAAGAGGCCUGGGUUUGAAGCACCGCAAACACACUGUGCACCACCAAGGGACCUGUGUAUGAACUGGAUUCCAUCAACUAGGUACCAUCAUGACCCCAGGGGAUAAUCUCAUGGACUUUAGAUUAAGGGACGCAUUGUAAAGAAAGGCAAAGCCGUCAAAAAUUGGGUUAGUGGCUUGGAAGAAGAGCAAAUAUAGCAACUGUCUCAUCAACAGGCAUCCAAACUGGGAAAAGCGGCCCUCGUCCCUUUCUUGCCUGGUUUAGAUGGAACAUUUCGACGUCAACAUGCUCUUCUCGUCUCUUGUGUGUAUACGUUGAUCAUGAUGAGCCAGGAAAACAAGAACUGGAAACCUGCAGAUUGACAGCGAAAAUGCGUUUCUCCACCACAGCUUUGGUCAGACAAUUACUAUGAGUGCUGGCAGGCUUUCCCAGUUCCAAUGCCAUAUGUGGCUCUUUAUUUCUAGGGCUAUACUUGUCAGACAUGCAGACUGCCAUAUUGACAAAGAAAAAAAACUUGUUUCA